GUGUCAUUCUAGGACAAAGGAUUGAGAGCUUCAUUCUCUUAUCUUUUUCUCUGUUUAAGCAUCGUUUUCUGGAGCUCCUCUCUGUUUCAGUAGUGGGAGUGAGAGACAGAGCCAAAAGAACAUUCAUUCUGAGGUAAAAGUACACAUACAGUUGGAGUGAUGGAGAUGAUAACCAAUGUUUCUGAGUUCCAGAAGAUUGCAAAGGAGAAAUUGCCAAAGAUGGUGUAUGACUACUAUGCAUCUGGUGCAGAGGACCAGUGGACUCUCAAGGAGAACGAACGUGCUUUCUCGAGGAUUUUGUUUAGACCCCGUAUUCUUAUUGAUGUAAGCAAGAUAGACUUGAGAACAACAGUUCUGGGAUUCAAUAUUUCAAUGCCCAUCAUGAUAGCUCCUACAGCCAUGCAGAAGAUGGCUCACCCUGAAGGAGAGUUUGCAACAGCAAGAGCGGCAUCUGCAGCUGACACUAUUAUGACACUGUCCUCCUGGGCUACUUCCAGUGUUGAAGAGGUUGCAUCAACAGGACCUGGCAUUCGUUUUUUCCAACUCUAUGUGAGUUCAAUUUCAUCAGUCGUGUUUUCCUUGUUGGAGCUUAUAAGGCCUGAAAGAGGUAUUCUCAUUCAGUGUGAGUCUUGUGUUAUUAGGCAUAAUGCAUUUGUUUAUUUUCAGGUGUACAAAGACAGGAACGUGGUUGCACAGCUUGUCAAAAAAGCUGAGAAAGCUGGUUUCAAGGCAAUAGCCCUUACUGUGGACACUCCACGGCUUGGACGCAGGGAGGCUGAUAUCAAGAACAGAUUUACUUUGCCACCAAAUUUGUCAUUGAAGAACUUUGAGGACAUUGAUCUAGGGAAGAUGGAUAAGACCAAUGAUUCUGGACUAGCAUCAUAUGUUGCUGGACAAGUUGACCAGUCUCUCAGCUGGAAGGACGUGAAAUGGCUUCAGACAAUCACCCAUUUACCGAUUCUUGUAAAGGGUGUGAUCACAGCUGAGGAUGCACAACUAGCUGUACAACAUGGCGCUGCAGGAAUAAUUGUCUCGAACCAUGGAGCUCGCCAGCUUGAUUAUGUCCCUGCAACUAUUAUGGCUUUGGAAGAGGUGGCAUUUGCUUCCUUGAAAUUUCCGCUUUCAUUGAUUUCUGAUCUAUUCUCACUAGUGUUAAAUUGUCGACUGGCUUAUAAAAUGGUGUUGGGGACUUCAUUUCUUUUGUAGGAUCAUCGUUUGUGAACAUUCUGAUAUUAUAAUUUUGUUGAUAUUGCUUGUUACAGGUCGUCAAAGCUACACGAGGGAUAAUUCCGGUCUUCUUGGAUGGUGGAGUAAGACGAGGAACAGAUGUUUUCAAAGCUUUGGCUCUUGGAGCAUCGGGUGUAUUU